GUCCAGAGACUGUGAAAUCGUUAAGAGGUGUUGUGUGUUUGGAGAGAGCAGGUAGAAUUUUAGGUGUUGUAGUCGGAAAUUCAUUCACGGACGGUGCUGUUGACGAAGCUGAAAAGUCCUCUUCUUAUCCCAUUAUUUUAACCACAAUGAACCAUAUACACACGACUUUUCUUAAUCUCACCCUCGACAUUACCACGCAACCCUAUUAG